AUGAGUAAUCUAGAGGAAUCAACAGAAGAUGGUGGAGGACAAGUAGAGAAUGAUUCUAGAGAACAAGAUAAAUAUCUGCCGAUUGCCAAUAUCAUUAGAAUUAUGAAGAAAGCACUUCCAAACAAUGCAAAGGUGGCGCGCGAUGCCAAGGACACCGUGCAAGACUGUGUCUCUGAGUUUAUCUCGUUCAUCACCUCCGAAGCAAGCGAGAAGUGUCAGCAGGAGAAGCGAAAGACCAUCAACGGUGAGGACAUCAUCGCCGCCAUGAAUGUACUCGGCUUUGAGAACUACAUCGAACCGCUCAAGGUUUACUUGGCCAAGUAUCGCGAGAACGAGAAGCGAGAAACGCUCUCUGCAAAGAAGUCGCCAAAGAAACAACAGGCCGACUCUGUAUCGAUGUCACCACCAUCGUCGCCAACACUCAGCAGCAACAAUUCAACGACAACCACAUCAACUACUACACAACAAUAUCAACAGCAACAACAGCAGCAGCAACAACAGCAACAACAACAGGUAAUGCACCAAGCACAACUUCCACAUCCUCUUCAACAACAACAACAACAAGUACAUCAUCAACAUCAACAACAUCAACAAGUACUUCACCAGCAACAACAACAACAACAACAGCAAGCACAUCAUCAACAACAAUUGGAUCUAUCAUCAGGUUCAACGACUACUUCUCAAACAAUUAAUAACAAUAUGUAUUUAAACCAAGUACCAGAUUCACUUGACAAUGGAUUUGUAAUUGCAAAAGAAAGAUCAUCGAGUUUCUAUUGCAAAAUUAAUUAA